GAACGGCAAAGCUCCGCUUAGCCAUGUAUCCGGCGGGGGGACAGUGGAUGAGCAUGAGCAUCAUGCCUCCCACGAACUCAACAUCGAACCAGAACGCCCAAACAGAAAUGCACGUCCAUCCUGUGCCUCUGGUCGGCCGACUUGGCAGGCCGUAAACCUUGUUGACCGCCCGAUUCUGCGUAUGCAUUCCCCAGGCUGCCGCCAGAUACGUCCAGCGACCAUCACAUGGCCGACAUUCGGCAGACAACCGUCUGUCUGCUCGGGCGUAGGUGCGCUGUCUAAGCCGUGGCUGCCCUCUAGUCUCCGUGCCUGAGCGGACCCAGCUAGACAGGUAUAAAAUCCACGGUAGAUGCAUCCCACAAAACAACACGAGAGAGUCGCGACGGCAGUCCUCACAUACACAACAAUUCUCAGGAUGAAGAGCAUUCUCGCAGCCUCCCUCGUCUUCGCUGCUGGCGCUGUUGCGGAUCGAACUUUUACCGUCUACAACGGCUGUCCGUUCACUAUCUGGCCGGCUUACUACACCGGCGCCGGUACCUCCCGCCCUUCGUACCCCACAGGAUGGGAGGCCGCGGCCUACACCCACGUCACUUUUUCGGUACCCGACGACUGGAAUGCCGGACGUAUCUGGGGUCGCCGUGACUGUGACUUCAGCAUAAGCAAUCCUGCUACUCAAUGCGCCGAUGGCGGCUGCAAUGGCGGCCUCGAGUGUGCUCUCAGUGGCGGUACCGGCGUGCCGCCUGCGACUGUCGCGGAGUUCACCCUUGGUGGAACCACUGGUGUCGACAAUUACGACGUAUCUCUCGUCGACGGCUUUAACUUGCCCAUGAGGAUCGAUAACAAUGUUAACUGUGGCAUUCCGAGUUGCCCAGUAGACCUUGGCCCCAACUGCCCGGCUGCGCUAAAGGGUCCUUACGAUUCCUCCGGUUACCCUGUCGGCUGCAAGAGCGCUUGCGACGCCAACCUCGACGGCGACCAGGCCAACUCGCCCAACUGCUGCUCGGGCCAGUACGACACCCCGACGACGUGCCCAUCGUCUGGUGUCGCCUACUACUCCUACUUCAAGGACAACUGCCCCAAUUCGUACGCAUACGCCUACGACGAAAAGAGUGGCACUGCUCUCUGGACGUGCAACGCGAACCUUGGCGCCGAUUACACCGUUACUUUCUGCCCUUCAAGUUAAGUUUAGGUGCUUUCUCGAUGGGACUCAAUGGCUGUUCCCUCCGAGUCGAUUGUACUAUUUGAUGCCUCUUUCCUCUUGUGUAACGGUCCAGAACAUUAGGGUAUGAACUCUUGUAUCUCGAAGCAUGAUGUCCAGUAUUCGGUAUUUAACCGGAUGAUGUCGUAACACUGAUUGUACACGAAGUUGACUGAAUUCAGUACUAUCGUCUUACUACGUACAUUUCUCUCGCGACGUCCGACGCACACGAGGUCACUGUCAGCGAAGGUCGAGACCCAGUCAUAUGGCUCAGCUUGUACACAGUGACAUAUGCUGUUGACGUCGGCACCGACACUGCAC